AUGCUUAUUAGAAAAAUACUUGAAUAUGAUCAUAUAGAUGAAAUAAACAUUAGACCUCUUUUAAAACCGAUCUAUCGUAAGAAAUUUUUAGGAGAAGUGCAAGCGAGCACCACGGAAUACUUAGAUGUAUUCGAGGAGCGUAGCUCAGCUUUGAUAAUAAAAUUGCCAUCAAAAAUUGAGCUUCGGAAGACGUCUAUUGAAAAACGCAUACUUUAUGAGUAUAGAGCGCUCACCUCCACUAAAACCUCAAUAAAAAUGAAGUACGAUUUAUCAUCGAUGAUGAAGUUAUUUACGCUCAGACAGAUGACUUAG